CCCGCGCAUGCUCAGUGUGUUUCCCUAAACUCGCGGGCGGAUGUGCUUUUCACGGCGCGGAGUUUGAAAAUCCACUACAAGCAGCACAGUCAGUCAUGCAGUCCUGCAGUUCUGCUCUCUGUAUCCUGAUCUUACUGAUCUCUACAGUCACUACUGUGUCUGAAUCAGCUGAUCCUUCAGUGAGGGUGAAUCUUCAUGACUCUGCUACUCUGCCCUGCUCUGAGAGAUGCUCUGGUUUGGUCAGAUGGACCGUAUCAUAUAAACCCACUGAUGCUCUGGCUGAGUGUAAUCAGACUUCAUGCAGAUCAAAGGAGGGAUAUCAGAUGAUCCAUGAUCAGUACCUGAAGGGGAAUCUCUCUCUCAUCAUCACUGACGCUGAUUUCACUAAGAGGGACUGGUACACGUGUCAGUGUGAUAAGAAAGAUCUGUGUGAUGUUCGUCUUCAGAUUGAGCCUUUGAGUUCUUCAGUUCAGAUAGAACCUGGUGAACCACUGGUGCUGACAUUGGACAUAUCAGAUCCAGUGAAGUUGAUUUAUAACAGUACAGGUCCAGCUGGACCAUCCAGUGGUCAGAUCUGUACAGUGGACGGAGGUUCAUUACAGUGUAAUCCUAAAUACACACAGCGAGUGUCAGUAAUCUCUGCUCUUGAGCUGAGUGGAAUGAAGCCGUCUGAUUGUGGAGUUUAUACUAUAAUGGACAGCAGGAAUGAAGAAGUUAUCUGCACCUACUCAGUGACCGUCCAAGGUGACCCAUCAGAUCUGGACAGAGGUAAAGGAGCUGCUGUACCGGAGUGGGUGAUUAUACUGACUGGUCUGCUGGUGGUUGUCCUUGUAUCUGUGAUUAUGGCAUUGGCUGUAGUGAUUAUGCGGCUGAAGAUGAAAAAUCAGCAGCUCUGGGAAUCAUUAGCCUGUCAUUCCUGAAUUAUUAAUGACCAAAAUGUCUGAGAGAUCAAUCGAUUUCCUAAAUUCAUAUGUUCUUUCUUUCUCUCUGCAAUUCACUGUGUGUGUGUGUGGGAGAGAGAGAGAGAGAGAGAGAGAGAGAGAGAGAGAGAGAGAGAGAGAGAGACUGGGGGUAGGGGUUUGGUGGUUAUAUUUCUCAGUGCUAAGUAUUAAGAGUAUUAAGAGAUGUUCAUCUGCAGAGCUUUAGUGUAGAUGCUUUAUGAUCUCUUCACUUAUAAGUAUUUUUUUUCUAAAGCACUGUUGGAAAGUUCCUCUAGUUCAGAGUCCUUGUUCUAAAUCUUGUAUUUUUUGUCUAGAAAAAAAAGCAACAAUAAGCAACAAUAAAAUUGAUCUGAGGUUCAAUGAACCUAAACUUUC